AUGUCUCUUACGCCUGACCCGACGAAUGGCAAUCCAGAAAAUGAUUCAUAUGUUCCACUGUUGGUUCUCCAAAAUAAGAAAGCCAGCGCCAAUGAUUUCCACCUUCCUUCUGGACUCUCACGGCGAUCAUCAGCCUACCAGCACGGUCUGUUGAAAGAGCUCUCCUACCGUAGUGGAGCUCCUGGGGGAGUCAAAAAGAAGUGGGCAAAGGAGAAGUUUAUCUCCAGCCCUCACCGUGAGUUGUAA